AUGAAAAUGCAACUGGCAGAAGGGAAAUCAGAACAAGCAGCAGCGUUGAAAAAAAUAAUACAUAAGGAUAUCGAGCCAGGUGUUAUAGAUGAGGAAAUGAUUGUGAAUGUAGUAUUGUCCAGCUACAAAAAUGAAGCUGGUCGGCUUGCACGAUCGGAAAAAAUUGAUUUGAGCAAUGUGACUAUUUUGCGUCUAGAGUUCCUUAAAAUACUAAAAAUUGAUCAUUUAUGGGUGAUGCCAAAUCUGAGAAUUUUGUCAUUAGCAUUCAAUCAAAUUGAUAAAAUCGAGAAUUUAGACAUGUUACUAAAUUUGAUAGAGCUUAAUCUGUCUUUUAAUUGUAUAGAAAAAAUAGAGAACUUGGAUGCCUUAACAAAAUUGGAAAUUUUGACACUUUAUGGCAAUCGUAUUACAGUUUUAGAAAACAUUGAUAGUCUCGAGAGUUUGUUGAUAUUCAGUAUUGGUGAAAAUCAAAUCGAUUCGUACAAAGGUAUUGAGCGGCUUCGAUUCAUCAAAUCACUCCGAUCAUUCAAUAUGGAAGAAAAUCCAGUGGCAAAAGACACCGAAAAUCCCAUGCGUAUUUAUAUUGCGGCAUUUUUGCCAGAUCUUAAGUAUUACAAUUAUGCAUAUAUUACUCCUCAAGAAAGACUACAAGGCAGAAAAAAAUACAAAUCUGAAUUACGUGACUUAGAAGAAACAGAAAAGACAGAAAUUGCUGACCGUAAACGACGUGCUAAAGAGAAAGAAGAUGAAACUCGAUUAAGUGAAUGCUUUGUUGAAUAUUUAAAUGGGCAUCAACUAUUUGAUUCUCUCUUCGAGGACGAUCCAGAAGGUGAUGCACUUAUGUCAAUUGAAACGGAAGUUAAUGAGUUGAAAAAAGACUAUCGAGACGAAGCGUUUCGUAUUACACAACAAGUUUACAAAAUUGGUCUUGAGCAACACGAACGUCGCCAAAAGCAGAUCCAACUCUUCAUGGAGGCUGUUAAGGAUGGACAGAUUACUGCACAAAAAAAAGGAAUUUCUCUAAUAGACACGUUUCUUGAUCAGAAAAAGGAAAUAUUUAGGCGUGUUCAAAACUUAAUCGACAACUCUACUACACAAGAAAACUUUGUAAUUUCACCAGAAACAGAAAUUGCUUUUGUUCAAAUUGGCGAUGCGUUCAAUGAGAAAGUGGUUAAGUUAAAAAAAGAUCUCAUGAGCAUUGAAAUUCAACUGUAUGAACGUGUUGAGGAAGCAAAUAGUAAUUUUGAACAUGUUAUACAAGACCUUACAAAUGAGUUUAUUGAAUUAGUUCAAGCGCAAUUUGUGUUGCUGCGUGAUGCAGAGACAAAUUUCAAUGAAGUUUUGGCUGAAACAGUGCAACGACAUGCAACAUUGCUAGUGGCAUCUUCUCCGGACGGGACUUCUUUGCCUGCAGCUUUGAAGGAGUUUUUGCAAGACAAAGACUUUAUUUCGUCGCUCGCAUUAGGAAUGCGAGACUUACAUUUACAUCGCAUAGACGCAAGAGAAGACCGUCUUAUAACUCGAAGUCGUAACUGGGUAAAAGAAUUAUGCGAUAAAUUUCAGAGAAAUGAAGUUAAACGGAAUCGUGCAAAAAUAAGUGAAAUAACAUAUUUUCUACAAAUACAGCGGGAUGAAAUGGAACGGCUUAUCAAUAUACCACAAAUUGAUGAGGAUAUGCGAGACGAAAAUUGA